CUCUUCCACGAGGGUUUCGGGCGACCCAUCGUUCCGUUGUAGAAAUCAGCAAAAAUUACCUGGAAAAGUGACCUCGAAAUCUAACUCUCUCAUCUCAUCCACAAACCCGCCGCUAGUUGACAGCUCGCCGGACCUCAGCGAUGGAGGUAGCCAGCGCUACACCAAAGAACCCUAGGCGUGCCCGGAUCGCCCGCCGCGAUCUAAACUCCCAGGAAUUAUCAGGAGAUGCCACCAUGGAGGAAUCCGGUGACAUGGAUGGAAUGGAUGAAGGUGAUGCGGAUGCCGACAGCGGCGACGAUUCCGGUUUUGAAGGCGUGCCGGAGGUUGGAAUGGUGUUCAAAACCCACCAUGAAGUUUCCAAAUUCUACAAGAAGUAUGCUCGUCGAGUAGGAUUCGGAGUGUCUGUGAGAAGGUCGUCCUUUACAAAAGAAGGUCAUUGCUUGUAUCUUGAACUUAUGUGUUGUAAGGGCGGCAGGAAGCGCCCCGAGCCUAAGUUCAGGAAGAGGACAACUGCGACAACCAAUUGCCCGGCGAGGAUCCGGGUGAAGCUAUGGGGAGAUGGGCUGCUCCAUUUGGAGCUUGCAAGCCUUGAUCACAACCAUCCGGUGAGCCCGUCGAUGGCUCGGUUCUUGAAUUGCUAUAAGCAUUUGUCAGGGUUUUCAAAGAAGCGUGCCUUGCGCAAUGAUGAAGGAGAUGUGGUUCAUAUUGAGGAGGAGCAGUCCCAAGCACAAGCACCUCUUGAUAAAUUAGGCAUCUUGGAGGAGUUGCUCUUUAGUGAGAGUGGAUGCCGGAGCUUUGUAGAACGAGGAAGGUUGAAGUUUGGUGAAGGAGAUGCUGAAGAUCUUCGAUUGUUCUUCACCCGAAUGCAGGCGAAGAACUCAAAUUUCUUUAAUGUCAUUGAUUUGGACAAGGAGGGAUGUGUAAGAAAUGUGUUAUGGGCUGAUGCAAGGUCCAGAGCAGCAUAUCAGUAUUAUAAUGAUGUUGUUGCACUUGAUACAUCUUAUGUGAUAAAUAAAUAUGAUUUGCCACUUGCAACCUUUGUAGGAGUUAACCACCAUGGUCAGCCUGUGCUUUUGGGUUGUGCUUUGCUUGCGGAUGAAACAGCUGAAACUUAUAUUUGGUUGCUGAAGGCAUGGAUUGCUUGCAUGUUGGGUCAUCUUCCCAAAGCCAUAAUCACCGAUCAGUGUAAAAGCAUUCAGAUUGCAGUGUCUGAAGUUCUUCCUGGAGUUCGUCACCGACUUUGUUUGUGGCAGGUCAUGAAGAAAGCAUCAGAAAAAUUGGGUGGGCUGGCAGAGUAUAGAGUGAUCCAUAAGGUAAUGCAGAAGGCGGUUUAUGAUUCGUUAAGGGUUGAUGAGUUUGAGGAGGAAUGGCUGAAGAUGAUUGAGUUUUAUGGGCUUCAAGGAAAUGAGUGGUUGAGGCUAUUGUAUGAAUGCAGGCAUUGCUGGGCUCCUGUCUAUCUGAAGGAUGCAUUUUGGGCAGGAAUGUCUACUACCCAGCGGAAUGAGUCCUUUAGUACCUUUUUUGAUGGAUAUGUUGAUGCUAAGACUUCUCUGAAACUUUUCCUUAGCAAAUAUGAAAUGGCUUUGCAAAGUAAGUAUGAGAAGGAAGCCCAAGCUGACUUUGAAACAUUCCAUAAGCGGCGGCCCUCCGUAUCAAAAUUUUACAUGGAAGAGCAACUUUCUAAGGUCUACACCCUCAACAUGUUUAAGAAAUUCCAGGAUGAGAUAGAAGCUAUCAUGUAUUGCCAUGCUUCACUUAUUAAAAUAGAGGGAACAAUAUCAACUUUUGAUGUAAAGGAGUGUAUUUUCCUUGAAGAUGGAAAGAGGACAAUGAAUAGGAAUCAUGGUGUUCUCUAUAAUUCUGAAGAGAAGGAUGUUCAGUGCAUUUGUGGUUCUUUUCAGUUUAGAGGAAUUUUGUGUCGCCAUGCUUUGUCUGUCUUUAAGUUACAGCAAGUGCAUGAGAUUCCCUCUCAGUAUGUUCUUGAUAGGUGGAAGAAGGACUUCAAGCUCUUGCAUGUUUUGAACCGGUCUUCAGAUGAUGUGGUUGCUAACAAUAGGAUUGACCGUUAUGAUUACUUGUCAAUGCGGUGCCUUCAACUGGUUGAGGUUGGAAUUUUAUCUGACAAAUACCAACUUGCUCUGAAGUUGAUUAGAGAAGUGGAGAAGUUUCUUCUAAGUGAUAGUACAUAUGAAGAGACACAGCCAAAGAUUGUGUCUCGUGUUAAUAAUAAACCAACUAAGCCAGAUGGCAUCAACACCAAAAGCUUGGGAAAUAAUAUUCCCUUGGAAAUUGGAAAUGAAGAGAGACGAAGGAGAGGACGACUGCCACAGGUGAAAGAUUCAGAGGAUGGAGUCAACUCAACUGUGUUGCCUCCGGCAAAUCAUUAUGCAGCACAAGUGAGUCCUCAGCAAUUUAUUGGCAAUCAAACAGCACUGAGACCAAGUGUUGUCUACAUGUUUCCGGGAGGCUUUAAUCCACAAAACUUUGGAAAUGGGGCCAUGAUGCCAUGGAUGUAUCCGCAAAUGUAUCAGGGUUCUCAACCCCCUGGAACAACCCCUGAACAAGCUCGUAAGAGGCGGAAGGUAGUUCGCCGAUUAAAGGCAAUACAGGCAGCUAAUAACCCUAGUGAUCCUCCUGCUCCUCCGUCAGUGUUAUAGAAUGGGUUCUACGUUGUAAAAAUGCCUUCUAGGCAUGGAGUAGUCCCUUUUAAUUUGUAUAUAUACAACUCAUCAAUGAAUCUUUCUACAUCCUGAUAUUUUAAGCUCUUAUGAGGAACUUGAAUUGAUUACAGGUAAUCUAACCAACUUUAUUCCAGUAUGUUAGAUUAGCAAUGACUGUGCUCAAGCAUUUUGUUUUAUUAGUUUGUUGAUUUGUUGUAUCUAUAAUCAAAACGGUCAUAUAUUUUGUAUUAGAUAUUGGCCUUGGAUCCUGAACAACUAACACCAAUCUUCAACUA